GUGUGCCCACUACAGCAGCAGCUACUGGCUUCAAUCUUUAUAAUUAGUCUGCAUCUUUCUCUGUCUUUUCCUUACUUGGCACCGAUAUGUCCGGGCCACUGUCACAGGACCUGCCCGUCACUGUGUUGGGUGCCAUGGAGCUAGGAAGCAGCUUAGAUGUGAACUCCAGCACUGAGGUAGUGCGCGCCUUCCUGCAGCGCAGCCACACCGAGAUAGACACCGCCUUUGUGUAUGCAGAUGGCCAGUCCGAGAGCAUCCUGGGAGGCCUUGCGCUAGACCCCAGCGGCUGCAAGGUGAAAAUUGCCACAAAGUCUGUUCCAACCCUUGGCACAUCAAGCACACUUGACAAUAUCCGGUUCCAGCUUGAGAUGUCCCUGAAGAAGCUGCAAUGUCCCCAAGUGGACCUCUUCUAUUUACACAUGCCAGAUCACAGCACCCCUAUCGAGGAGACGCUGCAGACCUGUCACCAGCUGCAUCAGGAGGGCAAGUUUGUGGAGCUUGGUCUGUCCAACUAUGCCUCCUAGGAAGUGGCUGAGAUCUGUACCCUCUGCAAGAAAAAUGGCUGGAUCAUGCCAACUGUGUACCAGGGCAUGUACAAUGCUACCACCUGGCAGGUGGAGAAGGAGCUCUUCCCCUGCCUCAGACACUUUGGAUUGAGAUUCUAUGCCUACACCCCUUUGGCUGGGGACCUGCUGACUGGCAAAUACAAAUACGAAGUAGAAGAUGGGAAGCAGCCCUUGAGCCGCCUCUUUGGGAAGAAAUGGGAUAAUUUCUACAGGAACAGCUUCUGGAAGGAAAACCACUUAAAGGGCAUUGACCUUGUGAAGAAGUCCUUGAAGGCCACCUAUGGCGGCAGCGCCCCCAGCAUGACCUCGGCCGCCCUGCGCUGGAUGUACCACCACUCACAGCUCCAGGGCACCCGAGGGAACACGGUCAUCCUGGGCAUGUCCAGCCUGGAGCAGCUGGAACAGAACUUGGCCGCCACUGAGGAAGGGCCCCUGGAGCUGGCUGUUGUGGAGGCCUUUGACCAAGCCUGGAACCUGGUUGCCCACGAGUGUCCCAACUACUUCAGAUAGACUGCCCUGGAUCAUGCCGCCAAGAAAGGG